AGAAAUUAGGGUUAGGUGUGUAAGUUUUGUUGUUGGUGUGCGUGAAAAAUGUUUCCUUCCAGGUAUCAAUUUUUUCUAAAAGUUUUCCCGUGAGUUUUCACAAUUUUCCACCAUGUGAGCGUGCAAAUUACCCCGAAGAAGUCAUCUCUGCGUCCCAAAGAACGUGCUUAAGGUGUUUGUGACGUGCUAAAGGCGCUGCCUCCCACAAUGUUUUCAGCUCAACACGAAAGUGACGGCAGUGAUUAUAAUUUUGAAAAAUUCGAAAAUGCCAUGAAAUGGAAAGGUGUUUUCGUGAAUUCCCUGCGGAAGGUGCUGGAACAAGUGCAUCCCAAUAUGACAGCUCAGGACGAGGCCUUGUUCUACGUCGAGAGCCUUUGUUUGAGGCUGCUGGCGAUGCUGUGCGCGAAGCCACCCCCGCACACGAUCCAGGACAUUGAGGAUAGGAUCGGCAAGACAUUCCCCACCCCAAUUGACAAGUGGGCCCUCACGGAGGCCUUCGAGACGUUAGAUAAGUCAAAGAAGAAGAAAUCAGUCCUCCCCGUGGACAAGGUCCAUUCAAUGCUGCAGAAAGAAGUGCUGCAGUACAAGAUUGACAUCUCCGUGUGCGUCUUCCUUGUGGCCGUGCUGGAGUACAUCUCAGCCGAUAUUCUCAAGCUGGCCGGGAACUACGUGAAGAACAUCAAGCACAUCGAGAUAUCCCGUGAGGAUAUUGAGAUUGCCAUGUGUGCAGAUAAGGUGCUCAUGGAUAUGUUCUAUCAGGGCGAUGGAUCGGGAUCUGCAGCCCCGAGUCCUCUGCCACCCACACCACGGAUAAGUUUGUCGUAUGAGGAAGUUGUUAAGGAGUUAAUUCACGACGAGAAACAAUAUCAGCGCGAUUUGCACAUGAUAAUCCGUGUCUUUCGCGAGGAACUAGUCAAAAUCGUUAAUGAUUCCAAGGAACUAGAUGCAAUAUUUUCCAAUAUAAUCGACAUCUACGAGGUUACGGUGACCCUCCUGGGGUCCCUUGAGGAUGUGAUUGAGAUGUCACAGGAGCACACACCACCGUGCGUUGGGAGUUGCUUCGAGGAAUUGGCCGAAGCGGCGGAAUUUGAUGUGUAUGCCAAGUAUGCACGUGAAGUUACCUCACCACAGUCACGGGAAGCCCUGGCGAACCUCCUGGCACGUCCUGAAUCCAACUCCUUAAUGGCCGCCGGGCAUGGUUUCCGGGAGGCGGUGAAAUUUUACCUACCAAAACUACUUUUGGGACCCAUUUGGCAUGCAUUUUUGUAUUUAGACUACAUUAAGAUUCUCAUGGAGAAGAGUCCAGCGCGCGAUGAUCAGGAGAGCUUUGAGCAGGUUCAGGGACUCCUGAAGCCGCUCCAAUGCCAACUGCAGUAUAUUGUGUCCACAUUGCCAAAGGAGUCAAUGGUGAGGAUGCACAGCCGACAGAGGCGACAGAUUGCCUUUGAGAAGACAAGAGAGCUCCACACUACAGUUGAGCAUUGGGAUAAAGAUGUUGGGCAGUGCUGCAAUGAAUUUAUAAGAGAGGAUACUCUGGCGAAAUUUGGUUCGGGAAAGAGAAUCACCGAAAGGAAGGUUUACCUGUUUGAUGGGCUGUUUGUGCUGUGCAAGGCGAAUACGCGGCGACAAACGGUGUCCGUGGGGGCGACACAGAGUUAUGAUUUUCGCAUGAAAGAGAGAUUUUUUAUGCGAAAAGUCGAAGUGAUUGAUAGGCAGGAUACGGAUGAGUUGAAGCAUGCAUUUGAGAUUUCGCCGCGUGUCCAGCAGGCAGUGGUGCUGAUGGCGAAGAGUACGCAGCACAAGAAUGAUUGGAUGGCGGAUUUGAUAAUGGUGAACACAAAGCCAAUGCUGGAUCGUAUCCUCGAUAGUAUUUUGUUGGAUAUUGAGAAGAAGCAUCCACUUAAGUUACCUAGUCAGGAGAUUUAUAAGUUUGCCGUGCCCGAUAGCCCGAAUAAUAUUGUGCUGGAGGAGCGGGAAUCAACGGGGGUGCCCCUGAUUAAGGGGGCAACACUGUGCAAACUUAUUGAGAGACUAACCUACCACAUUUAUGCUGAUCUCAAGUUUGUUCGCACCUUCCUCACAACCUACAGAUCCUUUUGCUCACCACGGGAACUGCUGACAUUGCUCAUUCAGCGCUUUAACAUUCCUGAUCCAAGUAUUGUGUACGAUGGUAGUGGUUUAGGUACCGGAAGUGGUACCGGUGAGGCAACAGAUACAGAUAAAUUGCACAAAUGCUCCCAAAGGGAAGAUUACAAGCGCUACAAGAAGGAAUUUAUGCAACCAGUGCAAUUUCGCGUGUUGAAUGUUCUUCGGCAUUGGGUUGAUCAUCAUUUUUAUGAUUUUGAACGGGAUGUGGAAUUGCUGGAAAAUCUCCUGGCCUUCCUCAUGACAGUCAAUGAUAAAUCAAUGCGUAAAUGGGUUGAUCCGUUCUUUAAGAUUGUUCACCGGAAGAAUGAGCAGGAGGAGAAUCACAAACAGAUCACCUUCAGUCAUAGUCCUCCGGCCAUUGAGUACCAUCUCCAAGUGCCGGAGAAUGAAUUUAAUCUUCUCACGUUGCACCCGUUGGAGCUUGCGCGGCAGCUGACAUUGCUUGAAUUUGAAUUCUACAAGAAUGUCAAGCCAUCAGAGCUUGUGGGGUCCGUGUGGACGAAGCGGGAUAAGGAGUUAACAAGUCCAAAUCUCCUAAAGAUCAUUAAGCACACGACAAAUUUCACAAGAUGGUUGGAAAAGUCAAUAAUUGAGUCGGAAAACUUUGAGGAGCGCGUGGCAAUGGUAACACGGGCAAUUGAGGUGAUGAUGGUGCUACUAGAGUUAAAUAACUUCAACGGGGUGCUAUCUGUGGUGUCAGCCAUGGGGAGUGCAUCGGUAUAUCGGCUCAAGUUGACGUAUCAAGUCAUUCCGGAGAGGUACAAGAAAUGCCUGGAGGAAUGUAGGGAGCUCAAUAAGGAUCACUUCAGGAAAUAUCAAGAAAAAUUGCGCUCAAUUAAUCCCCCGUGCGUUCCCUUCUUUGGCAUGUACUUGACCAAUAUCCUUCACAUUGAGGAAGGUAAUCCCGAUCUAUUGCCCAAUACGGAACUCAUUAAUUUCUCAAAGAGGCGAAAAGUUGCCGAGAUCACGGGGGAAAUUCAGCAGUAUCAGAAUCAACCGUACUGCCUGAAGACAGACCCCAAGAUAAGGCGCUUCUUGGAGACACUGGAUCCGUUUGAGGGGAAAAAUGACACCGAUAUCAGCAACUACCUGUACAAUGAGAGCUUACGAAUUGAACCACGUGGCUGCAAGCAAGCCCCAAAGUUUCCACGACGCUGGCCCGAGUUGACGCUUAAGUCACCGGGUAUAAAGCCACGGAGGCACAAUAAUAGCGGAAGCUCAAUGAGCUUGAUCUCACUCCCGGGCUCUCUGCCGUACAGCCAUAAGAGUCUCACGAUGAGUAGUGAAGGUGAUUGGUCACCCACAAGCAGUAUCUCUCAAGUUUCCCAGGAAUUCACGGUGUUUGCCAAUGUGAAUCUCUCUGGGGCACAUCACAGUAGCCUCAUGAAUGUCUCACAGCCAUCGACGUCCCUGAGUAUGCUACCAACGUCCUCUAGCAUUGACCUAACUGAUCAGAUGAGCGUCACAAGUGUUGCCGGGACAAAUGUGCCAUCUUCGGGUGUGCCCGAGUUGCCAAAGAGGUCAAACAGUAUUAUCUCAAUGGCGAGCUGCAAUAAUAUCGUCAUUGACACAGUUAAGCCCAUCCUCAGUCCACGGAGUUUGGAUGCAACGGUCAACUGCAACACUCUACCAACGAGAAGUUCACCCGUUGUUAGUCCCAAAAUUCUUCCGGCUUUCCGGGAAGAUGGGGACGCGCCAACGCUGAGUCCAAGGAGUGAUCGUAUUGGGGUCAUGCACAGGAGUGUUGGGGAGCAAGAGAGCUUCCGGACACCCUUCCAGGGGGCUUCUACCACUACAAUUGUCCGCAACUGUGUUCGCAGUAGCACCACAAGCAUCACAACAAAUUCAGAAGCUGAAGGGCAACAGUUGCCGGGUAGUCCGAAGGUUCAUUCAACGGCGGACGUAGUGGUGGCUACAGAAGUGGGUCCUUUGCCCAUUUCACCGCAUGUCAAUGUCCCGAAUACUCUGACAUUCAAUCACGUUCCACCCCCGCUACCACCGCGUAUUAGACGUCGUGAGCCACUUGAGGGGGCUCAGAGUGCGCAGGUUAAGCAGGCUCCGGAUGCACCGCAGCUACCACCACGUGACUUGAGUCCACCCCCAUUGCCGCCGCGGCAUCAUCUUGCAGCAGCACGUGGGCAGCAGCAGCAGCAACAGGAGCAAAUGGGAUCGCUGUACAAUAAUUUUGAACGUGGUGAUUCCACGUCUUCAGUGGAGACAACGCCCAAGCAUCAUCUAAUGCUGCCACACACGAGUACCAUCAUGAUGCGGCGCAAUUCAGCGCUUGAUCGCAGCCAUGGGAAGACACAGAGUUCAGGGCUUCCAUCGCCACCAGCUGUGGAAGGUGCCGUUGGGGGGUCAAUAAAGAGUGCAAGCUCAAUCAUUUCACCUCAUACGGCGAUACCAAAAUUACCUCCGAAGCCUAAACCACCAAGUUCCGCGGAUCGUCAAACGAUGUUUUCAUAUCCUGGAACAACAUUUGACUAAAAGAAUAAUUUGUGCCGAAUAAAAAAUUCGCACAGAAUUUUCAUUUUUUUUUCACGAAAAAAAAAGAGGAAAAGUCAGAAGAAUCGUGAAAUGAUUCAAAAGAAAAAGAAAAAUUUUACAGAAGAAAGACCAAUUUAUGAUGAAAAGUGGAGUUUGAAAUUAAAUAAAUUCCCUCCACGAUCAUCAUGAAGAGUUUAAAAUUGUAUAGAAAGUUUUUAAGGGAUUACUAUGUGAUUGAUUAGUGAAAAUUUUAAUGGGGAGGGGACAUGAAUGGGAAUUUAGCACAGAUAAAGUGUUUGUAAAAAAAAAGAAGAUUUUAGAGAGAUUUAGGAUUGUAGAAUGAUUGUGAAAAGGGGAAUGUGGGUAAAGAUAGUAAAAUGCAUUUAAUGAAACAUUUCGUGAAAAAUGUUAAUCAGGGAUUUUUUUUAUUUUCAUUAAAAUGAAAAUCUUGGGAAAUCCCGCUGUUAAAUCUCACAAGAAAAAAAGUUGCAGCAAAAAGUAAUUAAACAAAAAAUGUUAAAGAUUUGAUAAAAAAAAUGCCAAGUAUCUAAAAAAAAAUAAAUAAAUAGAGGAUACACUAAAAAAAUAAAUAAAAGAAAAAAGUGAGAAUUUGAGAAAAAAUGUGCAUUUUAUUGUCAAUGUAUUUGUAGAGAGAUUAUAAACAUGAUGAGUAUAUUAUAUAUAAUUAAUUGUAAAUUGUGCGAAGUGAAAAUUCUUGCAAAAAAGAACAUUCGCAGUAAAAAAAAAAAGAAGUAAAUUUGUUGUAAAAUGUAUUAUAGUUGACAGAGACAAAAUAUAAUGGAAAAAAAAACAAA